AUGUCAUGUAGUAUGGGGCUCAAACUAGAGGUUCCUCUCCGGAAUCUCUCCGCGCUGUUGGCUCCGGUGGAAAUGUCUCCUGCGGGUCCAGAGUUCACAGAGAGCUCCGAAGAGUCAGUGAGCGAGGAGGCGAGCCCUCCCCGCGAUGCACCUGGCACCACUGCCAAAGCCAAAGCUGCCCCCCCACGGUCUUCGAGUGAGACAAGCGGAGAAGAUUCGAAUGAAAGCAUGCAAGUGGCUUUGGUAGAGGCGCGUGAGGCGCGUCGCGCACGCGCUGCUGAAUCGGAGACUCCGUGGCGCCCCCAGCCAGAUGAAGGGAAAGGACGUGGCAAAGGCAAAAGGGCAAGCACGUGUCAGUAUUGCUGGCGCCCUCUCACAAGUCAUCCUUCAGGGCAGGAUCAGCAUCAGUGGACCUCGCUGCAGUGCUUGCAGUGGCAACACUACCUACGUGGUGGUGUAUCCUGGAAUGAGGCGCGCGAGAUGGCGUGGCGCACCAAAGCUGCCAGGAUGGAUCCUGACGCGCACAUCCCACCACAUCCGGACGCUGCGGGCUCCGGAAUUCGGCGCCGCGAGCCCAUGGUGGACCCGCCGCCGCCACCCCCUCCGAGCAGGAAGACAACUGUGAGAGAGGAAAGCCAUGAGAAGGCGGCGCCCUCUGUGCCCAAGAAGGACGCAAACAAGAAGGAGAAGAAGCACAAGAAGGAGAAGGAUCGCAAGAAUAAGAAAGAGAAGAAAUCAAAACGCCAUGUGACCCCGAGCCCUGAGCCCCGCCCUCGUCGGAAGCGUGAUCCGCGUGAUCCCAGCCCAGAUGAUGAUGGCCACAAGAAGUCCCGUGCGGUGCCUACUGUGCACCGGCUGGAUGCGACCACAUGGGUCGUCAAGCUCAAGUGA